UAUAUACCCUAACCUAAAACAAUGGCGGGAAAUGACGUAGCCGUUGAGGAUUUGAGAAAAGUGUUCCAAACCUUCUGCGUCCAUGGGAAAACAGACAAGUCCAAAACAAACGAAAUGGACGGCAAGAAUUGGUCAAAAUGUUGCAAGGACACGAAAGUCAUUGAUGGGAAAUUGGUCACCUCUACCGACGUUGACAUUGUGUUCAGCAAAGUAAAAGCGAAAGCGGCCCGAGUGAUCACAUUUGACCAAUUCCAAGAAGCUUUGAAAGAGCUUUCAAAGAAAAAAUUUAAGAAGAUGAAGACCGCGGAUGAGCAAGCCCAAGCAAUCUAUCAGAUGAUUGUCGCUGGCGAGGGGCCGACCAACCAAGGAGUAACGAAAACUUCGAAGACAGGCGGAGUGGAUAAGAUGACUGAUGCGUCACAAUACACCGGAUCCCAUAAAGAAAGAUUCGACGCAAGCGGAAAGGGCAAAGGAAUCGAAGGCCGCAAGGAUCUCGCUGACGGCAGUGGCUACGUCGGCAACUACAAGGGCUCAGGAACAUAUGACGAAAAAGUUGGAAAAUAAUUUUACCACAAACGAUAGAUUAUUAGUAUAUGUAUCGUAUAUAUAAGAAUGAGUAUUUUCGUAUUAAGUUCCUAGUUUGCACCUUUUAACGCUGUUUUUACCGUUUUUAUUGGGACCACUGGCCCAUUUGACUUAAUCACUCUCAUUCAUCUCCUAUUUCUGAUCUUUGGAUAGAAAACCAUUUACGCGAAAUCCAUUUGCGAGAACCGUUUUUUCAUGAGUCGCACUUAAUAUGCUCAUUUAGCAAGGUUGUAUUCUCGUUUACCACCUGGCGAAUUUUGAAAGAAAUUUUCCCCCCUUAACUAUUUUCUCCAAUAUGAUAAAGGAAUGGAAUUCUAUUUAUCCAAGGGUGAUUUAUAUCAGCUGUUCUCGUGAAAGGUUUUCGCGCAAAAAACCUCCCUCAAAACGUACUCGCGCAAACAUACUCCUCGUUGUCUUAGCUUUCAGUUCAUCGUUUGUCACUGACAUUUAUUAUCAUGACUAGGUCUAAUUUGACUUCGUGCAUUGCAAUUUAUCAAACGUUAAACCAAAAUAAUUUUUAUUACGAAACAUUGAAAUAUUGCUUGUUCACAACCUUUCACAGAGGGAAUAUGAAAAAAAAAAUUAUUUCAGCAUUAUGUUUAAAUAUAUAUUAUUCUAAUUUUAUCAAAAUUCAAUAUUUUUGUAUUUUUUUUUCAUCGAAGAGAACUCAUUUAAUUUACAGUAUUAACAUAAUGGUGUUGAAAAAAAAAAACAGAAAAACAACCCGAAUUUUAUAGGAAUGUAUAACUGGUAUUUACUGGCGCAUGAUGCACCUUCAUAACUCUACAUAGCUUCGGUGGCUUUUGGCGUUUCCAUGGUUGCAUUUAACGUUGUCCUGGAAUUAUGUUCCUCUACUAUUGAGUCAUAGAAGGCAAUGCACCGUCAUGAUUCUAUUUUUUCCCAGUAUCUCAUCGUAUUUCUGUAUUCGCUUGUAACUUUACUCAAACAUGAGUUUCUACAAUAAUUAUUGAUUAAAUUCGUGAUUAGCUCUGAAAUACAAUUUAUUUUACUGCUUUUUUGACAUUAUUUCCGAUACAUAAAUGUGGCUUCAAUUUUUUAUCAAAAUUUUCAGCAAAUAUUGUUCCAUAAAAGCAGGUUAGCAUG